AUCUGAGCGAAUUAUCUUGACUUUAUUCCACCCCUAUUUGACCUGACAUGUCUUGUCUUGCUGUCAUGUCUUGCCCCAUGAUGUUAUUGGCCACAUUCUCAAUCAUUCUUCCAGAAUAAUUACGCAUAUAAAAGUACAAAUAAUGUAUCAUGCCAUUUGCAUUUGGCAGUCACAGUUGAGAUCACAGUUCAGUCUUUGGGAUGUUCAUCUUUCUUUACACAUUAUUGCUUUUCCAUCAGCUUCAUACCAAAGCAGGAAACACUCUUUGCCGAAUAAUGGGAGACCCUCAGUAUCCGCUGCUUUCCAAGGACGGAGACUUAACCAUUGGAGGACUUUUUCCAGUCCACAGCAUAGAAACAUUACCUUCAUUUGAGUUUACACAAAAGCCUCAGCUUAUAUCGUGCUCCAGUGUGUAUCUGAGAGAUUUUCGACUGGCACAAAUCAUGAUCUUUGCCAUUGAGGAGAUUAACAGAAGUGAAAACUUGCUCCCAAAUGUUUCUAUUGGCUACAGAAUCUAUGAUUCUUGUGGGUCAAGACUGUCUACCAUGAGUGCAACUAUGGGACUGAUGAAUAGUCCCGAAUUUGGAGCAGGAUACAGAUGCAAUGGUCAGUCUCCUUUACAUGCUAUCAUUGGCGAAUCAGAGUCUACUGCGACAGUGAUUCUGUCCAGAACUACAGGACCUUUUAAAAUUCCAGUGAUAAGUCACUCGGCAUCAUGUGAAUGUCUCAGUAAAAGGAAAGAUUACCCUUCAGUCUUCAGGACUAUGGCUAGUGAUUACCACCAGAGCAGAGCACUCGCAUCCAUAGUCAAGGACUUAGGCUGGUCUUGGGUAGGAGCUGUGAACAGUGACAAUGAAUAUGGAAACUAUGGAAUGACAAUAUUUUUGAAAAUAGCACAGGAGAUGGGAAUUUGUGUUGAGUACUCUGUCAAAUUCUACCGAACAGAGCCAGAAAAACUAGAGAAAGUAGUAGACACAAUAAAAAAAAGCACAGCAAAAGUGAUUAUUGCAUUUAUUUCACUUCCUGAAAUGGGCUUACUUACGAAUCAGCUAAGUAUUCAGAACAUUACAGGCUUCCAAAUGAUUGGAGUGAAGUCAUGGAUAACUGUAAAGAGUCUGAUCACUCCAAACAGUUAUCGAGUGCUUGGAGGGUCACUGGGGUUUGCAGUGAAAAAAAUCAUUGUUGAAGGGUUUGCAGAUUAUAUCUUAAAAGAAUUCUGGAACACAGCAUUUCCAUGUUCACAGACCGAUGGGAAUUUUUCUCAAUAUGCUUUAAGUUGCAGCAGAUAUGAGGAACUACUUUUACUAAAAAAUUACAAUGAAGAUGUGCCUGAACAAAGAUAUGCAAGCUAUGUCUACAAAGCAGUUUAUGCUGUCGCUCAUUCACUACACAUUUUACUCAAGUGCAAAGAAAAAGAAGGUUGUGAUAAAGGCCUGACAAUACAACCACAGCAGAUUGUUGAGGCUCUGAAACAGGUAAAUUUCACCAUAAAGAUGGGGGAUCGUGUGUGGUUUGACAGCACUGGUGGCGCAGUAGCCCAAUAUGACAUUAUCAAUUGGCAGCAGGACUCAGAUGGUUCAAUACAAUUUAAAUCAGUGGGAUACUAUGAUGACUCACUGCCCCCACACCAACGCUUUGUGGUUAACAUUGAAAAAAUAAUCUGGGCUGGAGGACAGCUGGAGAAGCCAAGGUCUGUGUGCAGUGAGAGCUGUCCUCCAGGAACUAGGAAAGCUGCACAGAAAGGAAGACCUGUCUGCUGUUAUGACUGUAUUCCAUGUGCAGAAGGAGAAAUCAGUACUGAGACAGAUUCAAAUAACUGCAAGCAGUGUCCAAGGGAAUACUGGCCUAAUGCUGAGAAAAACAAAUGUGUGCUAAAGACUAUAGAGUAUUUGUUAUUCACAGAAGUUAUGGGUAUAGUGUUAGUCUUUUUCUCACUCUUUGGAGUAGGAUUAACUGUGCUGGUGGCCAUUCUGUUUUACAGAAAGAAGAACACCCCCAUAGUAAAAGCCAACAACUCAGAGCUGAGCUUCCUGCUGCUCUUCUCAUUGACUCUGUGUUUCCUCUGUUCUCUUACUUUCAUUGGUCGGCCCACUGAGUGGUCCUGUAUGUUGCGUCACACAGCGUUUGGGAUCACAUUUGUCCUCUGUAUUUCUUGUGUUCUGGGAAAAACAAUAGUGGUGUUGAUGGCCUUCAAGGCUACACUUCCAGGAAAUAAUGUCAUGAAAUGGUUUGAGCCUAAACAACAACGACUCAGUGUGCUUGUCUUUACUCUCGUACAGGUUCUUAUCUGCGUGCUUUGGCUAACAAUAUCGCCUCCAUUUCCUCACAAAAAUAUGAAAUAUUAUAAGGAAAAGGUCAUUCUUGAGUGCAGUCUGGGUUCUACUAUAGGUUUCUGGGCUGUGCUCGGUUAUAUUGGCCUACUGGCUGUCUUUUGCUUCAUUCUUGCUUUUCUGGCUCGCACGCUGCCUGAUAAUUUCAAUGAAGCUAAAUACAUCACAUUCAGUAUGCUGAUAUUCUGUGCUGUAUGGAUAACCUUUAUCCCAGCUUAUGUUAGUUCUCCAGGAAAAUUUACUGUAGCUGUGGAGAUAUUUGCCAUUUUAGCCUCAAGCUUUGGUUUACUUUUUUGCAUAUUUGCACCUAAAUGUUAUAUUAUCCUCUUUAAACCUGAAGAAAAUACAAAGCAGAAUAUAAUGGGGAAGUUAUUUUAUAUUCUAAUACAUUUCUCUAUACCCUUUCCUGGUCACCAGCCUAGCCAUGGGUAUAAUUCCUCCGUAUUUGGUGCCCCUGAGCCGACAAUUCCUCCGUAUGUGCCCCUGAGUACAGACACUAACCGUCCAGCUGACCCUCUUCAAGCCCACCUUGCCUACUCCCUGGGAGGGUCCAUCCUGCUACAUGUGAGCCCCGAGCAGAGCGAGAUGGUAUUUCUUCUGAAUCUACCCAUCAUUGAAUCCGACAACAUUUACAGACUCAAAGACAUUGUCAGUGAUGGAUUUUGGCAAGGAAACACUGACAUCAGUAUACACACACCUGAUAUGGUAGCCUACCAUGACAGUAACCCACAGUUAUACGUGGCCCCAAACCUGCGCAUGUGUACCCUGUCCAAAGACAUUCAUUAUCUCUGCCCCAGCAAGCCCUUCCUCCGAGACAACACUGAAGGAAUCUGCGGGUUACAACCCAUACAAAGAGAGACACUCUGCCCUGCUGAGGCCAAGCCUCGCACACAAGACACAGAAACGCAAGUAGAGAUUGUGGGAAAUCAGUGGCUCGUCAACACGCCCAUCCGUACCGCCACAUUGACCUAUGACCAGCAUGACACUGCCACCCGUGUCAGCCUGCCCAACCAGAGUAUGUGGAUUCAAGUGCCCAAAGGUGCCAUCUAG